AUGGCGUGGACUCGAGCAUCGCGUUCCGCCAGUCCACGAGGAACACUACUACCAAUGUCGAAUCUGCCAACAAUUCGAGCUCCCAAUUGCAGUUCGGAGCCGCCCUCCCGCCCACGGUCCAGGUCCAGGGAUAGUUCGAUAUCAACACCCAGACAUGGUCGGUCUACCUCGUCUGUUGCAAAGUCAAUCGCAGACGAAUACUCAGCUCUCAGUCCGACAGAAACCGCCCAGCGUCUUCUUACUUCCCUUACAACCGGCCUCUCGCCUGCUGAGGCACUGUCGAGAUUACACGACCAAGGGCCAAACGAACUUCCCCAUGACGAGCCCGAACCGUUGUGGUUGCGGUUUUUGAAGCAAUUCAAGGAGCCGCUGAUCCUUCUUUUGCUCUGUUCUGCUGGAGCGUCAAUUGUUGUCGGGAACAAGGAUGACGCUUUGAGUAUUGCCGUGGCGGUGACAAUUGUGGUUUCUGUAGGAUUCAUACAGGAGUAUCGGUCAGAAAAGUCAAUUGAGGCGUUGAGCCACUUGGUUCCCAAUCAUGCACAUCUAAUCCGCGGGGAGGUGAGGACCUCGAGUCAGCGAACACCAACAUGGCCACCGAGUACAAGCGAACCUCCAGAGUUGGAAGGGUUACUAGAUUCCACGUCCGCCGCUGAUGUAGAAGCAAAAUUGGAGGCCGCGUCUACCAAAGUCAUGGCUGCGCAACUCGUUCCUGGCGACUUGGUUUUAUUUACGACUGGAGACCGGAUACCAGCCGAUAUUCGUGUGACGAAAGCCGCGGACCUCACGAUUGACGAGUCGAAUCUUACUGGAGAAAAUGAACCCGUAAGAAUCACUGCUCAAGCUAGGACAAGAGCACCAUAUCCCUCGAGGUCUACAGCCAAUACUUUAGAACCGCCAGGAUCACCAGUCUACGCUUCUGCUGGCACUGGGACAGUCGGCGUGGAUACUCAGCUUAACAGUAACAAUAAUAUUGCCUUUAUGGGAACGCUGGUCAGAUCUGGACAUGGCCAAGGAAUCGUUUAUGCAACAGGAGGCAACACUCACUUUGGCACAAUUGCCGCAAGUGUUACCGAGACGGAAAGCCCUCGAACCCCCCUUCAACUCUCAAUGGACUCACUGGGAUCGCAACUUAGUCAAGCUUCGUUCGUCAUUAUUGGAAUAAUCUCACUGGUGGGAUGGUUUCAAGGCAAAGGCCUGCUGGAAAUUUUUACAAUAUCCAUCUCCCUGGCAGUAGCAGCCAUUCCGGAAGGUCUUCCUAUCAUUGUUACCGUUACUUUGGCUUUGGGAGUCCACCGUAUGGCUCGCCAUCAUGCCAUUGUACGAAAAAUGCCCAGUGUAGAAACUCUUGGGUCCGUCAAUGUGGUGUGCAGUGAUAAAACAGGAACCUUGACGAUGAAUCAUAUGUCAACGGCAAAAAUGUGGCAUGUGGAUGCUGAUGAGCCAAUUCCCAUCGAUGUAGGAGAUGAAGCCACCGAGGCAAAACCUGAUGCUGUGACUCUCCGCAUCCUUCGCAUUGGUAAUAUCGCCAACAACGCUCGUUUGAGUCGUUUAAACACACACGCCCAAUCGGCGUCGUCAAUCGCGGUCUUGUCCUCGACGGCAGGACGUUCCGCCAGCCAGGGCCUCAGAAGCAGAUGGGUCGGGCAACCCACUGAUGUUGCCAUGCUGGACAUGCUUGAUCGGUUCAAGGAGCACGAUGUGCGGGAGAAUCUCGGCCAUCGUUUAGGUGAAACGCCUUUUAGCUCGGAAAGGAAGUGGAUGGGUGUCACUGUUGGAGAUACCGGAAUGGACGGAAGCUCUCAUGCAAAAGAGGUGGCGUAUAUCAAAGGUGCCAUUGACCGUGUUUUAGCAAGGUGCGACACAUACCUAACUAAAGAUGGUCGCGAGGUGGUGUUGGACUCGACCAGGAAGCAAGCUGUGUUAGAUGCCGCAGAGAAAAUGGCAAUGGAGGGCCUCCGAGUCCUGGGGUUUGCAAGCGGUCCGGUUCCUAGGCAUGCUAAGUCUCUGACACAACCGUUGAGCCGCGGAGGCACUCCUACCAUGGCAACUGCGGAGCCCUUGGUCUCUCAUAACGAAGAUGUGUAUAAAGGCCUUACAUUCGCUGGGCUCGUUGGGAUGAGUGACCCCCCCAGGCCCGGGGUGCAACGAUCUAUCAGACGACUUAUGCGCGGCGGUGUGAAGGUUAUUAUGAUUACUGGUGACGCUGAAACAACGGCUGUUGCUAUUGCCCAAAAGCUUGGGAUGACUAUUGCAGCCCCCCGGGAGCAUACAGCGGGCUCUGUCGCGGUUAAAUCGGUUCUGCGAGGCGAUGAGAUUGAACACAUGUCCGACCAGGAAUUGGAAGCUGCGAUUGCCAACACUUCGAUUUUCGCAAGAACAAGUCCCGAUCAUAAAAUGAAAAUAAUUCGGGCGCUACAGGCCCGUGGGGAUAUUGUUGCAAUGACUGGUGACGGUGUCAACGAUGCGCCAGCUCUGAAGAAGGCAGAUAUCGGUAUAUCGAUGGGCCUCCAAGGCACGGAUGUCGCUAAAGAAGCUGCUGAUAUGAUCUUAACGGAUGAUGAUUUUUCAACCAUUCUUCACGCCAUCGAGGAAGGCAAGGGGAUCUUUAGCAAUAUCCAAAACUUCCUUACAUUUCAACUGAGCACGAGUGCUGCUGCCCUGGCAUUGGUAUUCUUCUGCACGUGUUUGGGGUUCAAGAACCCUCUAAAUGCGAUGCAAAUUCUCUGGAUCAAUAUUAUUAUGGAUGGUCCCCCGGCCCAGUCCUUGGGUGUCGAGCCCGUGGACCCUGACGUGAUGACUAGACCGCCCCGGAAACGCAAUGCCCCCGUGUUGACCUGGCCACUUAUUACUAGAGUUAUGACCUCGGCAUCAAUCAUCAUGAUGGGCACCAUGGCUGUCUAUACACACGAAAUGCUUACGGAUGGAGAGGUGACAAAGCGAGAUACAACCAUGACAUUCACCUGUUUCGUGCUGUUUGAUAUGUUCAACGCUUUGAAUUGCCGUUCCGAAUCGAAAUCCGUGUUAAGAGGAGAGGUUGGAUUGUUUAGCAAUACCCUCUUCAAUUGGGCUGUAUCAUUGAGCCUGGGAGGCCAAAUUUUGGUUAUCUAUUUCCCGUGGCUUCAAGAAGUAUUCCAGACAGAGGCGCUGGGAUUCUUUGAUUUGGUGGGCCUGGUUAUGCUGGCAAGCACUGUAUUUUGGGCGGACGAGGCAAGGAAGUAUUGGAAGUCAAAAGGUAGAAGGAGACUUGGGAGUGGGUAUAGCCAGGUGCAACGCCAAAACUGCUUCCUCCAUGCCGAACCUAAACCAAUGCCUCCCACCGGCCUCCCAAAUGGCGCCGUCACUGUCACUGCCGGUAUUCAUUCUCAACUUGCGGAGUCGAAGUCGCCAGCAGCUCCCCCAAACAUUUCCGGAUCCUCAACCUUAGAAUCUAUCCGCGCCUCGUUGUCAGCCCUUCACACCCACGAUGCCACCAUCACUUUGCGCCUACAAGCCCUUGUAUCCUCCCAAGCAGACCUCUCCCGCGAACUCGGCCGUCUUGACCUUCUACGUGCCCAUCUUGGGACCCAAGUAAUACAUACUCGUGAUAUCAGCAAUGGCAUGCUUGAUUCAGCGUCCUCAACCGCCUCUCAUCUUUCCUCGAAAGUCAAAGCGCUAGAUUUAGAGAAGAAACGUGUUGAGGAGACAUUGGGGGUGGUGGAGCAGGUAGCGGAACUGAAAGCAUGUGUCCAGGGAGUUGUUGGGUCCAUGGGCGCACCCCAAGAUUGGGAAGCGGCUGCCGGGUAUAUUGCGCGAGCGUCGAAGGUGCCCAAACAUGUUAUCGAGGGAAAAUUCGCUGCACGGAUUGUGCCGAGUGUGGAGGUUCCGGAUGAUCCCGCGGUCACUAUUGAGAAUGCGAAGGAGAGUCUCUGUAGCCUAUUCUUGAGGGAAUUUGAGAAGGCGGCGGAGGAAGGGGAUAAUCCGAAGAUUACGAGGUUCUUCAAGUUGUUCCCUCUAAUUGGGAGGGAGGAGACUGGAUUGGAUGUCUACGGACGAUACGUCUGUCAAGGAGUUGCGCAGCGGGCGAGGGGCAACUUGAAGGAAGGCACAAAGGGGAGGGACGGCAAGGAAGGAUUCUUUUAUGCGAACGCUAUCACAAAGCUUUUUGAGCAUAUUGCGCAGAUUGUGGAGCACCAUGGGACCCUGGUGGAGAGGCAUUAUGGCCAAGGGAGGAUGGUGAAGGUGAUUGAGAGGCUCCAGGUUGAGGCAGAUGUUCAGGGUGGCAUUAUAUUGGAUACGUGGGGUGAUGAGCGUAGCGUCGAUCGCAGGUUGACAGACGUUAAGAGCUACCCGUUUUCUUUCUUAGUGCAGAGCUUUCUGCCUACUCAGAAAUCUUCUGGGAUAUCGAGGACAAAUUCUCCAGCUGUUGGAGGCACCAACGGUAGGAUCAGUGAAGAUGAAGGUGUUGACAUGAAAGAGGUCGAUGGUUUACUGAACGAAACAGCUAUGAUGCUAGGCCGGUGGUCAUCGUUUUCACGGUUCUUAGCCGGCAAGUGCAGGGAUCCCAGGGUCAGCUCUGACGAACCCUUGGUCAUGCCAGAAUUACUACUCAAGUCAGCAUUGACUAGGAAAGUAUCAGCGAGGCUCACCGAUCCUUUUAACGUCCUAACUACCUUCUUCUUCCGAAGAUCCGUGGAGAAAGCCUUCCAAUUGGACGAGUCCCCCACUGGAUUAUCUCUCAACCCAUCGAAGCCGGUAGAUGGAAACCCACCUUUUAUCAUUACACCAGUUGACGAUGUAAUGUAUAUCGUGAAUACAGUCCUGCAACGCGCACUCUCCACAUCCCAGCGAGACGUGAUAGCCUCUGUCUUACCUACUAUUGGCCGCGUACUCGGCUCCGACUUCGUUGGAAUGAUCCAGCGGAAAAUGCGAGACGAGUCGUACCCAAAAUCCGCCAUCCAAGGCGGUUUCCCUCCCGAGGAUAAAAUUAUAUCCUUCAUUGUCCUCAUCAACUCCCUCGACGUCGCAAAUGAAUAUAUCAGUCGCAUCGUCACCUCUCGCUUACAACUACCCGAACACAUCAAUAGCUCAACCGCUCCCGACGGGCUUUCUAACCUUUUCCCUUUCGACCACGAUGCGACCUUCGUGGCCCACUCAUUGGAGACCCUAAACAUGACAUUAGCAUCCCAGACGUCAGAGCUGAUUACAGGUGGUCUGCACGUCAUGUUCAACCAAAUUGUCAAGCCGCGGUUGCGCCCCGUCCUAAGCGACACAUUUCGUGACGUCGACUACUCGCUGAGCGAAGACGAUCUUGCUGAAAUCGCAAGACAUACCGACACCGAUCAAGAUAUCGAGCUCAUGGCCGACCUAGUUGCACGGAGAUUUGAGCAUGCAUGGGAUUCAUUGAUGAAACCGAUUCAGAGGAUCAUGACUGCGAAAUGCUUCGAAAUGCUAUUAGACCAAACAGCAAAGCACCUUGCCAGGGUGCUCGAGAAGCGAAUCUGGAGCUAUGCUGGGAAGAUGAACGUUCUUGGCGCAGGUAGAAUGGAGCGAGAUUUCAGUGGUAUUGUUGGGGUUGUCGCGAGGGGUGGAAGAUAUGGUAUUCGAGAUAUCUUUGCGAGCGUUAAUCAGAUAUGUAUGCUAGUCAACAUGGAAGAGGAAGAAUGGGAUGCUCUCCAUGAAGCUGCGGGCGAAGGUGAGGAGGAAAUGGCGUGGGUAUUAAGUGAAGACGAGAGGAUGAGAGCAAGGUCACUUGUUAAGGCAUGA